AAAUGGCUCAAAAUGACUGUAGCUACGAUCACUUUUGGAAAGAACAUAAACUUUCAUUGGCCACAAACUCUGAUGGAUACUUUCAGUUACAGAAUAAUGUUUUAAAUAGUACAAAAUCUAACACCACUGAACUCAUUCAUAUGAUUGGGAUUAUAUGGACAGGAAUUGGUACGGUUGGAUCAGUAAUAACAACAUGCAGUAUGUUAACUGCCAUACUUCUUUACAUCUUAUAUCCAUGUUUGCGGAAUUUUAGGUUUAAAAUACACCUUCAACUGUUCUUUGCAUUACUAUUGGAAUCUAUUGCCCAAAUUAUCUUAUCUUACUUAAUCUUAUGUAAAGUGAAUCCAAUCUUUGCCAGUGAUAUUGGAAACAACUACAUUCAUCCAGCAUCAACAAGUCAGCAGGGGGUAAUGAACGAAAACCACAGUUUCACUGAAUUAAAAUAUCUACUUAUUCAGAACACUAUGAUAAUUAUUUGGGAAUUAAGCCAGACGUGUAUUUUCACUUGGACAUUUAUUGAAGGUAUUCAUAUACAUGAGUUGAUAGUUGUAUCUGUAUUUCAAACAUCAGUGAACAUGUACCCUUUAAUGUUUGCAGCAUGGAUUGUCCCUAUUUUCAUAACAGGAUUAUGGCUAGCUGCAUGGCUAUGCGUGAAUUCUAUAGAUGUAAACUGGUCUUCUUAUACGUUCCACGCAACCUACUGGAUACCAAAUAGUUUCAGAUUAAUUCUACUAUCUAUGAAUAUGGCUUUUCUUAUUAAUGUAAUUCGAGUUCUUGUUAGGAGGCUUCAUACAAACGAAGCGCCAGAAAUGCAAAAACUAAGGAAAGCUGUCAAAGCUGCUGUCCUCUUGAUGCCCCUACUAGGAAUAACGAAUUUUAUUGUACUCCUACCAGAGCCAAAUAAUGUGUUUGGAUUUUUUAUUGUCUGUGGACUACGUAAAGUCUUACCAACGUGGCAAGGAUUUACUGUAUCUAUAAUUUAUUAUUUUAUGAAUAAAGAUGUUCAAAAAUGUUUACAAAUGUCAAUUAGAAAAUUCAAAUUAAAACAUCAGCUUAUGUAUCCUGAUAAUUCUCGUGUUGUCUCACAUUCAGUACAUCUAACAACAAUUCCAGCAACAAGUUCUACAUAACAUAUCAGUAAUUACUGAGUUUAAAAUUGUCAUUUUUUACUUCUAAAUACUGUACUAAUAAUUACAAGGAUUUAUUAUGUAAACAGUAAUCUUCGUUACAACUCGUUUUAGUAAACAAUUUGAACAUGUUGCGAU